AUGACGAUCUAUGUCAUCAUUACAUCGCAAAUUAUUUCACAAAACUGGCAAAAACUGAGUACGGGCAUCGUAGGGUCGGGUUUAUACCCGAUUUUUGACAAAGAACGUCAAUUUCCGUUUAAUGCUUGGUAUCCGUUUGACGUAUUGCAGCAUGGUACUUAUGAGAUGGUAUAUUUUCAUCAGUUUGUUUGUGUGAUGCUUAUUGGAGGGUUGAAUAUGUACUGCGAUGUUUUGUUAACAGCUAUGGCUACUUUUGUAGGAUUGCAAUGUGAAGUACUUUGCCUUAGGCUUGGGAAGGUUGGUACAUUUUCCGAUGAGAAGAACAGGCCUUAUUUUAUCAAAUGUGUCCAGCAUCAUACGUUAAUAUUGAACCUUUUAGAAACACUGAACAAACUAUUUGGGACGAUUUAUUUCUGGCAAAUAUGUUUUGGAACGAUGACUUUGUGCAUGGAUUUGUUUCUACUUAGCUUGAGCACACCAAACUCAGUAGAGUUUUUCUAUUUAAUUCUUUAUCAACUUGCCAUUGGAAAUCUGAUAUUGGUUCCAUGCUGGUUCGCUACAGAAAUGACACGAAAAAGUGAAGAUAUUUCUAUGGCCGCUUAUGCCAGUAACUGGUUUGAUUUCAACAGCAAUUUCAAAAAAGAUCUGGCAUUUUUUAUAAUGAGAUCCCAAAAACCGCUUAAGCUGUACGCAGCUAACUUUUUUGAAGUAUCAGUGGUAACAUUUGUAAAGAUUAUUCGCUCGUCUUUCUCGUAUUACGCUGCUUUAAGCAAUUUAAACACCUAAUUUUAUUAGAACCAGUUUUAUGGAAUAUAAUUGGCAUUGGUUUACCACAUUAUAUACAUGUUUAAUUAACAUAUAGCAAAUAACUAGAAUAAUAAUAUGAUUAUAUUUAAAAUAGUUUUGGAUU